AUGGAGGAUAAUACUACCAAUAAUAGUAACAGUCUAGAGAUUCAAAAAGAGGAAUCCCUCAGUGGAAAUGCUACAGCUUAUGGUUGGAUAGAAGAUAAUAACUAUCUGUUGUCAGAGGAGGAUAUAAAAGCAAUGUUUUUAGAAGGCUGUGAUGAGUUAGAAGGGCUCAGUGUACAAGAAACUUCUACUGCUCUGUUAGCUUCUAGUUGGAUGGAUGCAGAGUUGGAUACAACGCGAUCGCGUAGUCGUCUAUGGAGUCGUUCAAAAUAUGAAACAAUAGAAAUGGAUAGUGCUGGUGAUGCUUCUGAUUCAUCUAGCGAAAUGAAGUUUGAGUUGGAUGAGUACUGUGAAACGGAGCUUGAAAAUGACACAAUGGAAGACCAAGAGGUCAAUACAAUGACCUCAAAAGAUAUCCAAGUUCAUCAUGAAUCUUCAAGAAAGAUACAAACACGUGGUGGUACGCGAGACAUUGACGAAAAACAAUCAAAUACUGAUUUGAAAGGCCGGAAGUCUUUUACACUAAAAAACUUCUCAGACUCAAAUCAAAGAAACAACAAACAAACUUCUCUGAAUGAUGUGAAACAUGAUACAGUAGGAAUUUCACGUUAUCUGUUAUUCUGUGCACUGCAUAAAGUUACUCCGUUGAGAUCAGUUGUCAACAAUCUCGGGAAAGAAAAGUUGUCUUUACAGCACAGAGGGUUGGCAAGUCUUGAGUUAAAGUUGAUCACAGAAGCUUUAAGAUACAACAACACAGUGACUUGGUUAGAUUUAUCGCAUAAUGUACUUCAAAGUGAAAGCCUAAACUCUUUGGCUAAAGUAUUAAAGGAGAACACAUUUAUACAAACACUGGUUUUAAGCGAAUGUAAAAUACGGAAAGACGGUCUAUUGGAAUUAUAUGAUGUAUUCAUGAAAAAUGUGUAUAUAAGAAAUUUGGAUUUGUCAGGUUGUGAAUUAGGUGAUUCUUGUUGUAGUAUGUUGGCUGAAAUAUUAACUAUGAAUCGUGUACUACAAUAUUUCAAUCUGUCAAGAAAUCAAAUCAGCAGUGAUGGAGCUGAACAACUUGGUGAUGCGAUUAGCUCAAAUGAUACACUGUACGACAUUAAUCUUUCAUGGAACUCGAUCACUGGUUCGGGUGCAUUGUGUCUUACAAGAGGAUUGAAGGAGAACAUUCGAAUUAAGACCUGUGAUCUAUCAUGGAAUGGAAUUUUGGGCAAGUCUGCACUGGAAAUUGCUCAACUUAUCAGAGAGAAUACAUCACUUAAUGAAUUAUACCUUCAGUAUAAUAGAAUAAGCGAUGCAGAAAUUGAGGCUAUCGGUCAGGCACUGUGUGUAGCUAACGAUUCAGCUGAAACGAAACUGACCACAUUGAAUAUCAGCAGCAAUCCAAUUAGUACAAAAGGCGUGCUGAAUUUCUUUAGACAGUUGAAUAAAGCUCAAUAUAUGAAAAUGGAAAGAAUAAUGUUAGAGGAUAUUCCUGUCAAUCUUGAAUGCAUAAACUUGAUAGAUUCAAUUAAAGAGAAAUUUCCAGACUUGCGCAUAACUCAUGGACCACAAUUAAUCGUGGGUAAUACGCAGGAUGAUAUUCAGUCAAAAGGUGGUACAUUUGUCGAUCUACUGUUUCUACUUAAAUGUCAUAUAAAUUAUAAUGGAAAGAUAUUCACAGAUAUACUACAAGAGUUGGAUACUGACAAAAGAGGAGCAGUUAGUGUUACACAAUUUCUGGAAGCUUUAAAAAUAAUAGGCGUAAAUUACAAACGUUCACAAAUCAACGAAUUACAGCAACGUUUGAAUCGAUUCGCAGAUGGGACAAUAUAUUACAAAGAUUACAUAAAGAAACAAGAGGAUUCUCCUGAAGUUAUGAGUUAUGAAUCCAGUUUUUACAGUAGUAAAAGUAGUAAUUACUAA